AUGAAAGGAAAGCCAACAAACCCCAAAAAAUCACACGACCCGCUUCGCAAACCAAAAAAUGCAAAAAAAAUAGCGCAUCAAAAACGUUCGGCGGCAACUUCUGAAUAUCAAUCGUAUAUUGAAAAGUUUCGAGCCGAUCUCAACUUAUUCCCCGUACCGUUUAGUAUCGAUGAAAUUUAUGGUGUAAAUGAAAAAAUGUUCUUAACUAAGGAAAAUAAAGUCAAAAGACCUCCAAAUAGCUUUAUUCUGUUUCGUCUCGUAGUUAAAAAGCUUAUUAAUAUUGAGAAACAGAAACAGAAGGGAGAUUCUUUUUUUGCUACUUUAGAACAACCUUUAAUUUCAAAAAUCGUUGGAGCACUCUGGAACAAUACCACCGACGACGAGAAAGAAUCAUAUGAGACAUUAGCCGAGGAACUAAAGGAUUUGCACAAGAAGUUCCAUCCAGAUUACAAAUACCAGCCGAAGCGAGAUAGGGCAAUUUGGAAGGUUUCUCCUCAAAUGGACACUAAUCCCAAUUUCAACCUAUUACUAGCAUAG